AUGUCCGAUUCUCAGUCCUCUGCCUCAGCCUCAGGUGCGGCUGCGCCUUCACCUAGCAAUGGCAAGGAUAAGCCGGAUAAGCCGGAUAACGGCUUUGUCUCGGGCGAUGAUACAUGGACCCAGUUCAAGAACAUCUACUCCAUCCUAACGGGGAAGAUGUCACCGGACGGCAUCGAGCAGUUCCGUCUUACGCGCGAUAUCCGCAACGAAGAGGCCGACUGCAAACGCUGUGAUGAACAAAAGGAAUUCCUCCUUCAAUAUAGCCCUGUCAUCCGUUACCUGAGCGAUAACAUCAAGCAACUGGGAGGCGACCUCCACAACCAUAAUAUCUACUGCCGGCGCUGCACAGACCGCAAGGGCGGCGGUUUCGACCCGGAAUACGGCAUCCUGAUCUGCGCCAAUGAGAUGAAGGACCAGGGCCAUUUGGAAGAUACCAUGGCUCACGAGAUGGUUCACGCGUAUGAUCAUCUGCGGUUUAAGGUCGACUGGUCUAAUAAUCUGCGACAUGCCGCUUGUACAGAGUUGCAACCGUCCGAGAACCAACUAAUUCGUUCCCCCCAAUUCGCGCAGAUUCGGGCGAGUUCACUCAGCGGCGAGUGUAGAUGGUCACGAGAGUUCUUUCGACGAGGGCAAUGGAAAUUGACCCAACAGCACCAAGAGUGUGUUCGCAGGAGAGCGAUUCUCUCCGUGCGAGCUCGACCAACCUGCAGAGACGAGGCGCAUGCAACCCAAGUCGUGAAUGAAGUUUGGAACAGCUGCUUCCGAGACACGAGGCCCUUUGAUGAAAUUUACAGAUGA